CUCAUUCCCAGUGGGAUUCCUUCUUUACUUUACGUUGAGUGGCCGUCUGGGUUGCCAACUGUCACUCUCUCAACCGCAUUAGCGCGUCGUCGUAUAGGAUACCUUGGGUACCGACCAUCAUUCCGAACUCGAAACACCAUCCCUCUCUUUACCAAACCAUCGCCAGUAUCGCCUGGUUCGAACUACUACCGAUCCCACGAUCACCCCAAUUCGUUUGCGCAAUCGUCAGUUGACCUGACCUUGCUGCCUCUCUCUAUCACGAUACAUUAUCUCGCGAGCUCGAGAUCACCACACUCUUUCGACACACAUUACGAUCACUACGAUACACCCAGAGAUGCAACUCUGAGUCCAAUUCCAUUUACACGAACCGAUAUUUACCCCGACCGAACAACACACGAUCUACGAUACACGAUACAAUGCUUCUACCGCGAUACCUCGCCUCGGCCAUUGCGCUGCUGGCGUCCUCGGCCCUCGCCCAAGUCACCACCGACUGCCAACCCCUCAACAAAACAUGUCCUGCCGAUCCCGCCCUUGGUAUGGACUACUCGUGGACCUUCAACUCUACUCCCAAAGCCUGGGCCUGGGAGACUACCGCCGGCACCGUUGAUUUCGACAUGGACCAAGGCGCGGCCUUCACCAUCAGCAAGCAAGGCGACUCCCCCACCCUGCGCUCCAAGUUCUACUUCUUCUGGGGCCGCACCGAGAUCUGGAUGAAGGCUGCUCAGGGCAGAGGCAUCGUCAGUUCCGUCAUGUUCUUGUCCGACGACCUGGACGAGAUCGACUGGGAGUUUGUCGGCGGCGAGCCCAACAACGUGCAGACCAACACUUACGGCAAGGGCGUCAUCGAGUCCUCCAUUCCCGGAAAGCACGACGUUCCCGGCAACGCUCAAGAGGACUUCCACAACUAUACCACCAUUUGGACCAGGGACUACCUCGACUUUUAUGUGGACGGCAACAAGGUCCGCACUCUACUUCCCGCUCAAGCCAACAACACUCAAUAUUACCCCCAGACUCCCAUGCGUUUGUCGUUUGGUAUCUGGGCUGGCGGCGACCCGAGAUUGUCCAAGGGUACACAGGAUUGGGCUGGUGGUCAAACCGAUUAUGGCGCUGGCCCGUACACCAUGCAUGUCAAGUCCGUCCAAGUUACCGACUUCAGCGAAGGCCAGGAGUAUGUCUACGGCGACCGCAGCGGCGCUUGGGAGAGCAUCAAGGUCGUCGAGGGUAAUUCCACCAUCAAGGAGAUGAUCACGGCCCCGCCCAAGCAGUCGGUGUCCGACAAGUGGAACGGCAUGUCAAGCACAACCAAGACCAUCAUUUAUGCUUGCUGCGCCGGUGUUGGUGCGCUGCUCCUCUUUGCUGCCGUCUUCGUCUGCAUCCGUACGCGACGACGGGGUGCGCGCCAGGCUGCUCUUGCCGAAGCCCAGUACCAGCGCGAUCGCCUCGAGCUGGAACAGUUGCAGAAGGCCGGUAUCGAUCCCGAUAGUUUUAGGGAGCAGGCGGCAGAGUAUCAUGCUGAUGAGAUGAAGAAGGGCGGUAUGGCUACUACGACAACUUAUAGUGUUCCCCCUUCUCCGCCUCUCGAUGGCUCGAACAACACUUCCUCCGAUGGUCAAUUCAACACGGUCUCAGCAGUUGGCGCUGGCGCCGCUGCUGGUGCUGCUCUCGGUGCUACCGGUGCUGUCGCCGCCGCCUCCCUCUCUCAAUCUCCCCGUGUCGCUAGCCCUGCUCCCGCUCCCGGUCAGCAACAGCAGCAGUUCAACUCCUUCGACAACAACAUGAACCGCGUCGCUAGCCCUGCUCUUGCCCCUAACCAGCAACAACAACAAUUCAACUUCUUCGACAACAACAUGAACAUGGAUCGCGUCGCCUCCCCCGCCCCAAGCAUUCCUGCCUUGACCCCCACCAUCCCCAACGUGACUGGCGGCUACCAAAACCAGGCCCACAGUCCGGUCUUCCCUCCCAACCGUAGCUUCACCUCUCCGGUCCCUGGCCCGUAUAAUCCUCAAGGGCCCAUGUACGGCGGGGAUAUGAACAGAGUGGGCAGCCCUGCUCCCGGCGGCAGCGGCGGACUCGUCCACCCGCAACCUCAACGAAGCUUCACCGCCGGUCCUACCGCUCCUGGAUUUGCGAGCCCGCAGUCGGCCAGCUUUGACUUCAACAACAACAACCACGGGGGUUACGCCAGCAGCCCGCAAGCGUCCACAUUUGCUGGAGCGUACGGUCAGCAACCAGCAGGAUCCGGACUUGGAAUACAGUCGGGUGGUGGUGCUGCUGCUGGUGCUGGAUACGGUCAGGCUAAUGGUGGUGGUGUUGGACAAGUGCCUGACUUUGGUCUGCCGGGGCAGAACGGAUUUGCGGAGGGCAGGGAUAGUUACUGGGGCGAUACCCGGGAUGAUGAUCACCAUGACCAGGGACACAUGAACAACGGGGGAUACAGGUGAUGUUGACACGGGGGAUGUUUGACACGGUGAUUUCGAAGACAUGUAAUGGCAGUUUUAGUUUGGGGAUGAAUAUUGAUGGGAUAUAAUAUGAUUGACUGCCUUUUUACUUUUACUUACUUACUACUCACGAGACCAUUUCGUUACUUUUCUUUAUCUUUUCGAUACGCUUGACUUUUAUUGACUACACCAGCUAGCAUGACUAGAAAAUGAAAAGGGAAAAU